AUGCCAGGCGUCACCCUAGAAAUGGAGCCAAUAGAGCCACAAUCACUGAAAAAACUAAGCUUCAGAUCCCUAAAACGAACCCGCGAUCUUUUCUCUCCUAUUCACGGUCAGCUCGCUCCUCCUGAUCCUGAAAGUAGAAGAAUUCGAAUGAGCCACAAGAUAAAUGUGGAGUAUAAGGGAAUCAAAAGCGCUAGUGAAAUCGCACCUCCACAAGUUAAUUCUGCCGCAGCGGAAGCUUCAGGGUCUUCUAAUGUCCUUGCUCUUACGGGUCCUAGUGAUUCUAGUACUUCACAAAAAAGUGGAGCUCAAAAUGCGUUGGUUGGUCCAUCUUUGCAACCAAAGGCACCGAAUUUCUCAACCUUUGCUGUAAUGGAAAGAAUACCCAGCAAAUGGCCACGCCCUGUCUGGCGUCCUCCAUGGAAGAACUACAGGGUCAUUAGUGGUCAUUUGGGUUGGGUGAGAUCUAUUGCAUUUGAUCCAAGUAAUACAUGGUUUUGUACUGGUUCUGCAGAUCGAACAAUCAAGAUAUGGGAUGUAGGAAGUGGAAGGUUAAAGCUCACACUGACUGGACACAUCGAGCAAGUACGAGGCCUUGCCAUCAGCCAAAGGCAUACCUACAUGUUCUCCGCUGGUGAUGAUAAACAGGUUAAAUGCUGGGACCUCGAACAGAAUAAGGUUGUCCGGUCUUAUCAUGGUCAUCUAAGUGGUGUUUACUGCUUGGCCCUUCAUCCCACUAUUGACCUUUUGCUUACUGGGGGACGUGAUUCUGUCUGCCGGGUCUGGGAUGUACGUACCAAGGUGCAGGUUUUUGCACUGUCUGGACAUGAUAACACAGUGUGCUCAGUUUUUACUCAACCUACGGAUCCACAAGUGGUUACUGGUUCUCACGACUCAACUAUUAAGUUCUGGGACCUUAGAUAUGGUAAGACUAUGUUAACUCUUACACAUCACAAGAAAUCUGUGCGAGCCAUGGCACUGCAUCCGACCGAGCAUUGCUUUGCAUCUGCAUCAGCUGACAACAUUAAGAAAUUCAAUCUUCCAAAAGGAGAAUUUUUACACAACAUGCUCUCUCAGCAGAAAACCAUCAUUAAUGCAAUGGCUGUCAAUGAAGAUGGUGUUAUGGCUACAGGAGGUGACAAUGGGAGUUUAUGGUUCUGGGAUUGGAAGAGUGGUCAUAAUUUCCAGCAAGCCCAGACAAUUGUACAGCCUGGCUCAUUGGAUAGUGAAGCUGGUAUUUAUGCUAUCUCCUAUGAUGUAACUGGUUCAAGGCUUGUUACAUGUGAAGCUGACAAGACAAUAAAAAUGUGGAAAGAAGAUGAAGAUGCCACCCCAGAAACUCAUCCCCUCAACUUCAAGCCACCAAAAGAUAUCCGGCGGUUCUAA